CGAUUGCCAGCCUUAAUAUUUAGACUCUCCAUUCAUACUUUGACCCGAGUUUUUUUUGUUACUCUUUGCCGGUGGUAAUAUUCUCUGUAUGACUGGAGCCCGGACGUGUCGCCAGUGACUGACUCAUCAUCAUCCUGCUGAUGAAGAGCUCACUGAGCGUUGUAGCAGCAGCACCGGCGGUGGCAGUAUUGGUGCUGGAGCUGUGGGUCUGAGUCAUGGACCCUGAGCUGGAGGAAAAGAUGGAGAGCUCUUGGACUUUGCUGUCAUGGCUAGCUUCAUGUGUGAUGGUGUUUGGUGGCGCUGUGCCUUACAUUCCCCAGUACCAGGAGAUCCAGAAAAGCAACAACACAGAGGGCUUCUCCACCCGUGUGUGUCUGGUGUUGCUCAUCGCCAACAUACUUCGCAUCUUCUUCUGGGUGGGAAAGCAGUUUGAGCUCACAUUGCUUCUGCAAAGUGUUGUGAUGAUAUUGACCAUGUUAGCCAUGCUGCACCUCUGCUGCAGCGUCCAGACCAGCAACCGUGUCAGUACCAAACAGCACCGCAUCACAGAUCUGGACGUGCGGUAUUUUUGGAGCUGGAGUGCUUUUGAGGACUAUCUGGUGUUCUGUUUUGGCUUCACCCUGUUGUGUGCCUUCGUGACGCUGCUUUUUCUGGACUGGGUGGUGUUUGUGGAGACUCUGGGCUCGCUGGCUGUGCUGUGUGAGGCUAUGCUGGGUCUGCCUCAGCUACUGCAAAACUACAAUAACGGCUCCACUCGAGGCAUGAGUAUCAAGAUGGUGCUCCUGUGGACUGCUGGGGACAUUUUCAAGACAACAUACUUUGUGAUUAAUGACAGCCCUGCCCAGUUCUGGGUGUGCGGUACAGCCCAGAUUUUAAUUGACAUUGCCAUUCUGCUGCAAGUGGGCUACUAUGGUCUGGAGUCCAGAGCCAAAGCCGGGUGACCUCUUCAAUGCUAAUCUCUACUCCAAAACAAGGGCUCCUUCUCCAUGUGCAUGUGUGUUUUAUUAUCAGGUAGACAUUUAUUUAAAUUGUGUGUCUUUUUUUUUUUACGGUAUUUAUAUUUUUACGAGUUACUGUUACGUUACUGAUGAGCAAGUGCACUGUCCAAAGGAAAGAACUGCUCAGAUGAUGUAUUAUCUUGAUGCCAUAAACAAUAUACUUUUUGUUACUUAUAGCCAUAGUUUGUUGUUUGAGAAGUGACACUUAAAAAGUGACCAUUUAUAAAAGAACUUUGGAUGUGAGCUUGGCAAGCUGUGAGACUAGCCCCAAGCAUUUUCAUUUAAAUGUGAGCUAGUAUGAGUCUGUAGAAAGAUUUGUCAAAAUCAGUGCCACUAACGUCUACACUUUCACCAGUUUCACAGCCAAAACUCAACCAAAAAAGUGUUCACACAUAAUAAUUUCAAAAUUAUAUAAAUCUGGCAACAGUUUGACGAAGGCCCUUUGGCUGAAUAAAAACUUGUUGGAAGCCUUCCCAGAAGAAUGGAUACUGUUGUAGUUAGAACAGG